AUGGCCAACCCAAAUCUGCCAUCAGUGUCGGUGUUUCCUGGAUUCGUCUACGACUCAGAGAAGAAACGAUAUUUCGCCGUGACUAAUGGUGAUAGCACUUUCAACUCACAGUACUCAAACAAUGCGGUACAAGCCGACUUGAGAAGAGAGAAGUUCUCGACGGCAAAAAAGGAGAAAGAGGAUGCCGAAAGUCGGGAUAAGGCGCUCCAACUAAACAAGCAUCUACAUAUGCUACCGCGAUAUCCCGAAAACUUACUCACGUCAUUGAAGCUUGGGGCUGUCCAGAUGCUGUAUUUCCAGUGGAUGUUGUCCUUUCUCAAGAGUUGCAGCAAGCAAAUAAUGCGUGACGUAUCGCUAUGGCCUUACCCGGCCGACCUGAUGAACAAACCUUGCGAAUUCAUCUACUUCAAGCCGCUGACGAGAAGUGUUGGAACUGCCAAGUUGCCACUUAAGAAGAAUGGACUUCUCCAUCGUUACACGACCAACACCCCUAGCGUUCUUUUAAGUGGCUUCAAGACUCCAAGUUAUGACUUGAUAUUCUGUGGUGGACAUCAACAGUUUCAGUGCGUGAACCAUUAUGGAGAACUCACUGAAUUGGAUCAAGAUUUUUUGACAAUGCUGCGUGAUCCGUACAACUUCAUUGACAAACAUGGAGACAAGCAGCUGGAAAAAAUAAACACUUUUGAGACGUUUGCGUUCUCGGAAACGCAUACGUACUUCUUCGUCUCUGAUGCUAUUUUGAAAAUCGAAACGGCGGCAUUGCUGAAUUCUGUGAAAGACUUGAGCACAAAGAGAUUAGCCAUUGGUUUAGGCAACGACUUGCCCCGAGACGCCAUCGCUGAUGGUGAUCUUGUAUCAUUCAUUCAUUCGCUGUCUUUAAAAAUCGUGAAACAACAUGGCGGUAUGCUUACGUUGUACCUCAAGGAAGCGCCCAUCUAUCACUUCAGAAUGAAGUCAACCUCUCACUCCGAUAUAAUGAUUUUCGCUAUAGUAACAAGGAGUUCUGUCGAAAUCAGGGAAUUCAAGUUGUCGCUGCAAGCUUGGAAUGGAAUCAUCAUACUGUUGCCAAUCGAAAAUCACAACAAGGCAAGACCCAUCUGCUUCUUACACAAGGGGGUUUUGGUAGUUGAAGAAGAUAGUGGUCAUUUCUUGGUGAUUGAUCUCGAGAGACGACACUCUGCGAGAUGCACAUCAAGAGCGUUUGCAUCGCAAAAGCUUGCGGGAGAGCACAGAGUGUUAUUUGACGAGAACAGCGCAAUUUAUUUAUCGCUGAGCUCGGACACAUGGUUGUUCCGAUAA